GCGGGUGCUGUGGUGCUGCCGUGGCUACUUGCCGGCAUCAACAACAUCAUGGCUCUGAAAGUGUACUUAGUUUCUUGUUUGUUCGCGUUUUCUGUGUUAUUACCACAUGUUCUGGGCGGUGGGGAAACGCUCGUGCUUUUAGAUAACCUCGCCAUAAAAGAGACGCAUUCAAUAUUCUUCAAAUCCUUGCAAGAUCGUGGUUUUAAGCUUACCUUCAAGUCCGCCGACGACCCAUCUCUAUCUCUCAAGAAGCAUGGAGAAUAUCUCUACAAGCACUUGAUCCUCUUCUCCCCGUCGGUGGAAGAAUUCGGAGGCACCAUCAAUGUCCAAGCACUCACCGAGUUCGUUGACGAUGGGGGCAACAUUUUGGCGGCUGCCAGUUCCAGUGUUGGCGACAUCAUCCGUGAACUGGCCAACGAAUGCGGCUUCGAAAUCGACGAGGAAGGAAGCUACGUGAUUGACCAUCUCAACUACGACGUGUCUGAUGAAGGCAAGCACACGACGAUUGUAGCGGACCCCGAAAACCUGCUGGAUGCACCCACGGUCAUUGGCAGCAAGAACAUUCCGCCUCUGCUUUUCAAGGGUGUCGGCAUCAUCUCGGAUCAGGAGAACCCCCUUGUCCUGGAGGUGCUGACCGCAUCGUCAACGGCCUACAGCAGUAACCCAGACAACAAGAUCACUGAGUACCCUCAUGCUGUCGGCAAGAACACGCUACUCAUCUCUGCAUUGCAAGCGAGGAACAAUGCCCGUGUGGUGUUCUCCGGGUCCAUGGAUUUCUUCAGCGACAAGUACUUCUCGUCUCCUGUUCAGAAAGCUGCUCCUGGCUCUAAGAAGCAUGCAACGUCCGGUAACCAGGCCUUGGCCGUAGCCCUGUCGCAGUGGGUCUUUAAGGAGAAGGGUGUGCUCAGGGCACAGAACAUCAAGCACUACAAGAAGGGAGAAAAGAAUGCACCAGAUGCAUACACCGUCAUGGAUGAUGUUGUGUACAGCAUUGAGAUCGAGAUCCUGAAGGGUGACAAGUGGGUGCCGUUCGACGCCAGUGACCUGCAGCUCGAGUUUGUUCGCAUCGAUCCAUUUGUGCGAACCAAGCUCCAGAAGAAGGGCCAGAAAUACGAGGCUCAGUUCAAGGUGCCCGACGUGUAUGGUGUUUACCAGUUUAAGGUAGACUACAACCGCAUCGGCUACACGCAUCUGUACACAUCUACUCAGGUUUCCGUGCGACCGCUCCAGCACACGCAAUACGAGCGCUUCAUUCCGUCCGCUUACCCGUACUAUCUGAGCGCCUUCUCCAUGAUGAUCGGAGUGUUCCUGCUGAGCUGUGUGUUCCUCCACCACAAAGACAUGCCCAAGAGCAAGGCCGAGUGAAAUCGGGUGGCUGGCCCCACAUCACCACCUCAUCCGCGCGUCGCACCAGGUUAUUCUACGCCAUUGUCUCAUUACACAAGAGUCAUCAUGUGCGUCCUUGCUCCGAACGAGUGAUAUGCACAAGCGGAGAAGAGCAAGUCUGGAAGCUCCUCCUGGCUUAAAAGUUGCAGAGUGCGAAUGGUUAUCAAAGACAGUGGGACCUUUUUUUUUUUUUUUUCUGUUGUCACUUUUUUGGUUUUGCGUUUGAAUGUUGUGUUGAGUGUGCGGCUGCGAAGACAUUGUUAUGGGUUUCCUUAAUUUUUUUUUCAAUAAAAUGUAAUAUAAGGGUCA